GCAUGUGUCUAUGUCAUCUCGCUUCCAUUAUUGCCACUUCACAUUUUUUUUUCCUCGUCUUCUUCAUAUGAACACGGAUAGUGGGAAGUAGCUUGUUCAUAUUUAUGGCCAAUAUAUGUUUAUAUGUUUUGGUCGAAGAUCAUCACUGGAUUAAUUAGCAUAUAUUUUCCGAAGAUUUGUGAUAAUGGGGCUUCUGGAUCUUUUCUGGGUUGCCUCUUUCCCAGUUAUCAAAGUAUUACUAAUCACUGCAGUUGGCUUGUUACUUGCACUUGAUAACAUAAGUUUAUUGGGAAAAGAUGCAAGGAUACAAGUGAAUCAUCUUGUACAUUAUGUGUUUAAUCCUGCACUGGUGGGUGGCAAUUUGGCCGAAACGAUUACUUUUGAGAAUGUUGUUUUGUUGUGGUUCAUGCCAGUCAAUAUCCUUGGAACAUUUAUGAUAGGCUCAGCCUUAGGAUGGAUCCUUAUCAAACUCACAAAGCCUCCAAGACACUUAGAAGGUCUAAUAUUGGGUGUCUGUUCUGCAGGAAAUUUAGGAAACUUGCCUCUAAUCAUUAUCCCGGCUAUAUGUAAAGACAAAGGUAGUCCUUUUGGAGAUCCUGAUAUCUGCAAUCAAUAUGGAUUGGCUUAUGCUUCACUUUCUAUGGCAAUUGGAGCUAUUUAUAUAUGGACUUAUGUUUACAACAUAAUGCGGAUUUCCUCAAGUAAAGUCCACAAAGAAGGUAAUAAAAGUAGUGACUCCAUCAAAUUGGAGGGUUCAGGGGAGAUAUCAGAAUCACUCCCAGAGAAAGGCUCAGAACCCCUAAAUCAAGCAAAAGACAACGUGGAUGAUGCAUACACCCUACUGCUUUCUUCGAAUGAAUCUGAGGAGAAAGUGAAGGUAACAAUGUCAGAUAAAAUUAAGCACCAUUUGGGAAUGAUUUUUGGCAACUCCAAUUUCAGAGCCAUAUUUUCGCCAUCAACUCUUGGAGCGAUUGUUGGCUUUGUUAUUGGUGUAGUUCCCCAGGUACGUAAUUUCAUGAUUGGAAACAAUGCUCCACUUCAUGUGAUUGACGACUCUGUUAACAUGCUGGGUGAGGCAGCCAUUCCAACUAUAACCCUUAUAAUGGGUGCAAACCUCUUAAGAGGCUUGAAGGGAGCAAGUACUCCAGUUUGGACAAUUAUAGGAAUUAUAGGAGUUCGAUAUAUUUUGCUACCAAUUUUUGGUGUUCUAAUUAUUAAAGGGGCAACACACUUGGGUUUGGUGCAAUUAGAUCCCUUAUAUCAGUUUAUGCUUCUUCUUCAAUAUGCACUUCCACCAGCUAUGAAUAUAGGAACCAUAACCCAAUUGUUCGGAGUUGGGGAAAGUGAAUGUUCUGUUAUCAUGCUAUGGACAUAUGCUUUGGCUUCAGUUGCAGUUACUCUUUGGUCAACCUACUUCUUGUGGCUUGUGUCUUGAUUUUCUUCAUUCAUUUCUAUGAUGAUUAUUUCUUUUUUUAUUAAUAUUUUAUUUUAUUUUACCUCAAGUUCUCUCAUUUCAGCCAGGGGUGGAAUUACCUAUAGUAUAUACGUAUGUAAUGUAACUUAAACAAGCUUCCUCAGAUAGAUCAAAAUCUGUAACUUUUUAAACUGUUUUACAGAAUAUUUGUUAAGUGUGUAUGUAUCAGACCAUGUUUCAUUUUAUCAUUGGA